AUGUCUCCGCUUAAGCCCGUUGAUCCAGCGACGCUCUAUCCGGGCUACGAAACACUUCCCGGUACUCUUCACCUGUGGAGACCGGAAAACCCACUCUGUCAAAUCUGCAACGGAUGGAUCCAAGGUUUCGGAAAGGCAUAUAGCCUGAAACCGUCUGUGUUGCUGGAGCAAAGGCUAUCUUGGGGAUUUCACUCAGCCUGGGACAUGGAAGAGAUGAACCUAUGGUAUGCAAAGACCUGGCAGACGGUCUAUCGUAUGAUCCUUUACGAUCCUGCGACACGGGAAUACCGCCUCAGCGGCACCUGUCAGGAGCCCCCCGAGAUCCAUGCGGGCGAUUACCUCGUUCCGCAUAGAUGGUACGAAGGGGUUGUCUGGUUCCCCCGGGAAUUGAAGGCUGAGUUUACCGACCGUCUCGCCAACCCCGUCAUGCUCCGUGCAAACGAAGACCCCGAGAAGAUGGAUCGUCUGGUCGGAUACACCGUCCACGCACUGUGCUGGAAGAUGCUUGAGAAGCACCUCGGACGGUAUCUCGAGUAUGACGUGCAGAAUGUUUCGCGGGCGGUGCGAUUGAGAUUCCUGAAGAUGCAUUCGCUCCCGCAUCCGAGGGCCUUUGAGCUGACAAACCUCAUUAGCGCUGAUACUCGAACGCUCGCGACUCGUGCCGUCCCGUUGCUGAUCAAAAAGGCUACGCCGAGACGCAAAGGCCCGCCUCAGAUCCUGAUUGAAACUUCGGACAGGGCUGUUUACUCCCGUCUGAACUACUUGCCGUUGGAGCUUCAGUACUUGAUCAUGGAUCGAAUCCCGCCCGAGGACGCCCUCAGGAUUCAGCGGGCUCUUCGUUGGUCGCUUCCCGAUGCGUACUGGAGAUCGAGAAUCAAUAGUAAGGUGGUCUUCGAGGUCAGAUCUUGCAGCCAGCUUACAUUGAAUUGGCAAUACCUAUGUCUCAAGCUGGAGGAGCUGGAGGCAAAGGACACCGUACGCCGUCUCUACUCGCUGCCUUCGUCUCUGAAGAUCCGCGCGGCCCUUUUCAAGCAUCUCGACUUGAUAAAGGAGGAUCUGGCUGAAGUCCCACUGGAUGGCAUUCCAUAUCAGGUGGAGCUUUCCGGGUGA